AUGAAGGUGCACCCAACCUCCAAUACUGGUCAGGGGGGCAGCAGCAGCUUUACGAUGACUGUCCCCCGAGCUGAACUUGCCACAUCAUCUGCUCAUCUGCAGUCAUCUACGUCCACAUCAACACCCGCCACUUUGGUUAGCCAUGCCCACCAGUCAGACGAGGAUGGUGGCGCUGUUAUCGAGGGCGACUCUUCCCUCGCUGCACAUUCCGUAUUCGCUACGGAAUUCGUGCAGAAGGUCGUCAGUACCGAGUCUCUCCAGGACUCGAGUCUAGACCUGGGCGAGACUCUUGAAGCAUUGUCUCAAAUUGUCCACGCACUGAAGCAGCCUGCUGCCGCAGUGGAGAUGACGUACCCUCAUGCGAAGCCAGUCAACCGGCUUCGUAUUCAGGGGCUUGAGAUGCCGCCCAUAGAAAAAGCGGUAGGCACAAUUCGAGUUGCAAGAGGACAACGCCUCUCGGGAAUGGCUUGGAUCUACGACUUCCUACCGUCUAGGCGCUUCCCAGACCUUUGCCUGGAUGUGUACUUUUCGGAUAAUUACUCAGAUUACGAUUUCAUUACAGUGAACGGCGGUCUCUACUCACUCUUCACAGAUUACGCCGCACAGAUCUCAGGUGAGGAUAGGAAGGAGUAUAUGGAAUAUGCAAAAAUAUGCCGAGUAAACCUGGAGACCUUCCUGCUCAAUCUACCGCUUCACCUGCCGGCAUCUUCUGAUGUGAUCGUUGCACUUCUCUUCGGUGCUUUCCAUGCCGUCGAGAUCUCAAAGCCUUCACUGGCUUGGACGUUGGUUUCAAAAGCGUCUGAACUGUGCCAAACCCUUGGUUAUCAUCGAGUUGAAUCCCUCAAGGUCUCCAAGAGUGACAUCAAACCAACGGUUCAUGGAAUGCAUUGGCAUCAAUUUCUCUUCUGGAACGUGUAUUACAUCGACAAGAGCCUUUCAUUGCGAUUGGGGCGAGCUUCGACGAUUCCAGAUUGGCACAUCACGAUGCCUUUGCCUAGCGUGAAGGAACAGGCGGCUAGUCCAAUUCUGCCGUAUCUUGUGCUAUGGGUCAAGACGGCAAAGUGUCAGGGUCAGAUCUACGAGAAGCUCUACAGCCCAGAUUCCAUCACGCAGCCAUACCAUGUCCGGCAAAUGCGGAUUCAUGAGCUGGUUUCAUCACUUCAUGAUAUAGAAGUCCGUACUCAAGAGCUUAUCGGGAGCGCUCUUACCAGAGGCAACGAUGUUGCAGAAGAGAACUUCUCAGAAUUCUACGUGUCAUCGGACAGUGUUCUACGUCUGUCGCUUCUUACAUUAGUCUAUAGGGCCGCGCCGCGCGUCGAAGGCUCUCCAACGACCUUUAGCCCUGAAUGCGUCAAAGCUGCACGAGCUGCCCUCGAGAAACAUCGAGAAUGUGUUGCGAUCAUGCGCAAAUCCCACGAUGUCUAUUUCUCGUCCUACAUGCACUGGACUGUCUUGUUUUCGCCCUUUAUCCCCUUCAUCGUUCUGUUCUGCCAGGUGAUUGAGACUCAAGACAGAGAUGACUUGGCGCGCCUUCACUCUUUCGUAGUUUUUCUCCAAGAAACAGCGACAAUGUCCGAUGCGGCAGGCAAGAUGUCACGCCUCUUCCAGGUUCUGUACAGUGUCGCACUCCGAUUUGUAGAGUUCCGCGCCACUACACCGCAUUCCAGGCAAACAGAGGCAAGUGCCGAAAUGGAUGCGUAUCUUGCGGCCCUAGGAUUUCCGCCGAAGGCAACAGUGGAAGAAAGGCCGCACUACCAUCAGCCCUCCACUUUAAACCAAAACACCGGCCAUUCCCCGGAGCUUUUUUCAGUUUCUAGGAUGACGGGCAUGAGCGUCGACAGCAUGGAUGAAGACAUGAGGCCAGGGAACCCAAUGAUGUGGAUGACAAACGCUGCCCAGCUGGAAGAUUUCUUCUACUCUAAUACGGCGAUGAUGGAUCUCCUACAAGACCCUAACUUUGAUCUGUCCCAGUAG